UUUCUUCACUGUCUCAUGGAUUUCAUCACCCCACUGUCCGUUGUUUACUCCAAGCAUACGAAUCGUGGAACACAUGCAUCCGGUCGAAGUUCAUCCAUUCCCGUCUCCAUCCAAACUACCAAGUCACAUGUUGCUUUCAGCACAACCGAUCCUAAUUGGCCGGGCAAAAUGUUCGUCCCACCGAUAUCUGCCACAUCUAGUACGCAAUCCCGGACCAAGGAUGGGGCAUGUAACAUGGCUCGUGGGCCGCGAUCACUGAUUGCGUUAUCAACAACAUCAGGCACAUCAGAAUCGCUGACUUUGCCUGCGAUUUCUAAUCCUCCUGGUUCAGCCGGUACCAGUUAUCUCGCCUCACUUCCAUUCACUUGGCCCCAUGCCCCUGCUGCCGGUGUCCUAGUUGCAGGCCUCAUUUCUCAUUUAGCGAUUUACCCGCAAAAUAGCGAACCAGGCAAACUACUCACUCGAUUUCUUUCUACCAUACGAGAAGCAUUCGAAGUUUCGCUCCCACCAAUCAUCGCUUCUUCCACCUCCGCUGAUGUGGACACCCAAUUGAACUCUGUCCCGUGGGAUUCCGAUCAUAAGGCCAUAUUCUCAGAAUCCCAACUGGCUGACACCUGUUCUGGUUUGCUAAUUCUAGCAUUGGGGCGGUUAACUGCUAGUGAAGCAGGUGAGUCACGUCUGGAAGCCAGUGGAUUGUGUGCCACAUUCCAUCGUAUUUUACUUCCGACUGGGUCUGCUGUCAAAGCUGGUCGCAAAGCUACUCAGAUCGAAUCGACCGAUGACCUGUCGAUCAGCCAGAGCAAAAUGUUACUUUCUUCCCUGGAUUUCACCCGUCCGGGUCGUCUGGGCCACCAGCUAUUGACAGCUGCUGUUACUGGUGCCGCGAAGGAAAUUUGCUCGGAAUCGGUAAAUGUCCACGCACUUGCUCGUACCGUCUUGCCUGAACCGAUGCAUGCCUCACCGCAAUCAGAUCAGGUCGAUCCGAUGACUCCGUUCGCAUUGAGAUUGCUCGAUCCUCGCAGUGGUCCGAUCGGACAUCGUAUAUUCGCACAUAUUCUCACUCAGUCUGGUCCUUUCAAACGACUUGUCAUUGGCGUCUCCACUCGUCCCAAUUCGAGCACCAUCGAUCCGGACGGCAAGGUCGCCUCGCCCAGUCCACCGGAUAAUUCCGGUAUCCCUCAUCCGAUAGUUUCUCCUGUGCAUUGGCUACUCGAAGUGACCAAACGGUAUUUCAACGUGGCUUACGCGUGUGAGAUGGACUCACGUUUUUGGUCUCUGUUCACUAGUCCAACAUCCUCUUCACGACGUGGUUGGAACAGGUGGGCACUUCCUAACGUGAAGAAAAUGGAUCAGUUCUGUUUCAGUCCGCUGUUUUCUUUUUUCAUACAACGCAUUGCUGGCAACUUGAGUCUUCAAGACCGUGAUCUUGAGGCUGAAAGAGACGCGUGUCGCAGGGACUCGUUGAGUAUGCGUUGUACUCAACAAGAUCUGUUCAACUUCGACGAGACUAUCAGUAUGAGUGGCGCGACUACUACACCCGGAUUGUAUAUGCCCCCGGCGCUGAUGUCCGAAUCGGAUUGUAUCACAUCUCUUGCGGAGAAUGUGUGCAAUUACUGGUAUUGUCCACUACCACGUCAUCCGUACGGUUGUUUGGCGGAACAUAUGGACGGCAUGGAAUUAAUGCUCGAACGGGGUGAUCUUGAUGCUGCGGUGCACAUUUUACGUACAGGUCAAUCCUGUUGGACCACGAAACAAUCUACUGUUUCAGAUUCACGGAAUGCUAAAUCGAAUUUCUGCCAUUCUGAUAGUCCAUCUCAUACGGUGUCAAUUAUGGAGAUCAAAGGUGCCAUGUGGGCACUUGCCCAUGUGGGUUCUUCUACUUGUGGUCAAGCUUGGAUUGCCAAGCAGCCGGAAUUAAUACAAAUGUAUACUCAGUUCGCCACUGAAGGUCAAAACAUGGGAUUACGAGCAAUUGCAUGGCUGUGUCUAAAUCUGUUGGCAUCGAAAUCCGGCGGAGGCCUCUUGAUUACUCAGAAGACCGACCAAGCCUCCAUGGGACCUAUCCGAGCAACUACCAUACACGCGACAGAUGCAGCAACUGAACUAGCUUCAGUAAUGUGGCUAGCGACUGACCCCGAUUGGCUGUCUACCGCAGGUUCUGAUUCAACAGGCGCUCGUCGUGAAGCCGUGGAACCUAUCUCACGCAAUUCAUUGGAAGUUAGUAAUAAACCUUCAAACAUCUCACUGGAUGCCUGUUCGGAUGACCCUCAGAAAUUCCCCGCCACAUUUUCUGUUCGCUCCAUUCAUGCGUNGGAUCAAAAAGUCGUAGUUACAACUGCUUCGACAGGCCCGUCUGCUACGCAUACAGACGCACGCUUAGCUACCCGUCACGCAAAUGGUCAACGUAAGACUGCCUUAGCAAACGGUUUGGGCCUCUGGAAACCUUUCGGUCGUGUCACUUUAUCCUCACUAUCCAGUCGUACUCGGCGUUGGCUUCCUCGUCGUCGUUGGUCUCCCCGGCGCCAUAAGCACGGUUCAUCUUCACCUACAGCGGGCCCUCCUCUGAAUCAGGUUCAGCCGAAUACUUUUUAUCAUACUGUUGACAAGUCAAUGAUUCGGGCCUAUACGCGACAUUCAUCAAUCGAUUCCCCCGGUCAUUUAGCCCAAAUGGCAGUUCAAGAACCAAACAGCAUUGUGGGAGGCAGCCAUGCGGACCAGAUUAGUCCAACGUUUUCAUCUCCAGGACACGGCGAAUCUGUUCUGGUUGCACGAACCUCCGCCACUUGGACACAUAGGGACCAGUGGGUCUAUCGUGAUGCUUUAUUGGCCUUCUCUGCGAACAGUCUAGUCCCUCCCGCGUGUGGGCCACGUACCGAAUCGGACGAUUCACUAGAACCGGUGCCAACUCUGCUCAGUAGUAGCCGGUGUAAAACUGUGUGCUUGCCAGCAGAUGUGCGCAUUCUUGGUCGGCUCCCACGAUCCUCAGUGUUUCUCGAGACAGAAGACAACGGGACUGAUCACGAUUCCGAUCCGUUCUUGCUAGUGACACAGCAACUGUCUUUUGUUCGUAUCGCGGCUGCUGCCCAACUAGCCCUAGACAAAUAUGAAGUGCUAGAGGAUACCUGUGGACAGCCCGAAUCUGUGCAGCGCUCCUCAACCCUUGCGUCCGACUCCCCGCACCCCAAUCGUACUCGGUGGCUCUCACAGUUGUUGGAUGUAAUCACCGGGUUAUUAGCCAACGUGUUCUCGGCCAGUCACGAACUUGCAUUGAAUCAAUUGAUCCAAGCCGCCCGCUCGGCUCAAGACCUUGCAUUGCUAAAUCCUUCUGGAUUUUCUGCAGCUGAAAAUAGCGGUCCAUUGUCAUUUUUCGGAUGUCUUUUUGAUGCUUGUGCCUAUACGGAAGUGGCCAAAUUGCUUCAAGAUCACACUUUCCCUUUGGAGGCGCGAACCAAAAUUCAGUCCGCAUUCCUCGGUCUCGAAUUGCCAGAGCUGUUUACUGACGCAAAACAAGCGUUGGUCACUUUAGAACGAUGCGUCAAAGAACCGAAAACUGUCCCACUGGGUUCCACUAAAAAUUAA